GGCGGCCCCGAGCCUGGCCGGCGUGCCCGUGGGCGUGCUCCCGGCGGGGAGGGCCGCCCGCAGCCCACACCCCCCGCCGCCGCCGCUAACUUUGCCUCUUCGCGAAGAGCCGCCAUCCGGCAGCCAGAGGGUCGGCGGAGCCCCGGCGGUCCGGAGCCGAGCCCCGCGAUGAAGGGCCGCCGGCGGUGGCGGUGGCGGGGCUUCGCCGCCGUGCUGGUGCUGUACACGCUGCUGCUGCUCCUGCUGGUGCCCUACGCGCUGGACUACGGGGCCAGGCGGGGGCGGGCGGACGAGGAGCCGCUGCUGCGGCGCUGCCCCAGCCUGGAGGAGGCGCUGAGCGAGUGGGGCUGGGAGCAACGGCAGCCGCCGCUGGACGAAGAGGAGGAGGACGAGGAGGGCGGCGGCGGCACGGCGGGUAACGGCAGCGCGGCGGCGGCGGCGGGGAAGCGGCACAUCUACCUGCACGCCACCUGGCGCACGGGCUCCUCCUUCCUGGGGGAGCUCUUCAACCAGCACCCCGACGUCUUCUACCUCUACGAGCCCAUGUGGCACCUGUGGCAGGCCCUCUACCCGGGGGACGCGCUGAGCCUGCAGGGCGCCCUGCGCGACAUGCUGCGCGCCCUCUUCCGAUGCGACUUCUCCGUCCUGCGCCUCUACGCCGCCCCGCCCGGCCCCCGCGACCCGCUGGCCCCUGCCCCGCCCGCCGCCGCCAACCUCACCACGGCCGGCAUCUUCGGCUGGCGGACCAACAAGGUGAUCUGCUCGCCGCCGCUCUGCCCCGCCGCCCCGCGGCCCCGUCGGGAGGUCGGCCUCGUCGACGGCGCCGCCUGCGAGGAGACGUGCCCGCCGCGGGCGCUGCGGGAGCUGGAGGCCGAGUGCCGCAAGUACCCGGUGGUGGUCAUCAAGGACGUGCGGCUGCUGGAGCUGGGCGCCCUGCUGCCGCUGCUGCGGGAGCCCGGCCUCAACCUGCGGGUGGUGCAGCUCUUCCGCGACCCCCGCGCCGUCCACAACUCCCGCCUGAAGGCCAGGCAGGCGCUGCUGCGGGAGAGCAUCCAGGUGCUGCGCAGCCGCCACCGCGCCGAGCCGCGGGGGCCGCCCCGCCAGCAGCAGCAGCAGCUACUGCUGCCGCCCGGGCUGCUGGGCGGGCGGGCGCCGCAGCCGCAGCACCGUGCCGAGUUCUUCCUCGGCGGCGCGCUGGAGGUGAUCUGCCAGGCCUGGCUGCGCGACCUGCUGCUGGCCCGCCGCGCCCCGGCCUGGCUCCGCCGCCGCUACACGCAGCUGCGCUACGAGGACCUGGUGCGGGAGCCCCGCGCCCAGCUGCGCCGCCUGCUACGCUUCGCCGGGCUGCCGGUGCCGCCCGCCCUGGAGGCCUUCGUGCUCAACAUGACCCGCGGCGCCGCCUACUCCUCCGACCGGCCCUUCCUCAUCUCCGCCCGCGACGCGCGGGAGGCCAUCCACGCCUGGCGGGAGCGCCUCAGCCGCCAGCAGGUGCGGCAGGUGGAGGCCGCCUGCGGCGAGGCCAUGAGCCUCCUCGCCUACCCCCUCAGCGGCGGCGACGCCCGGUAGCGCCGCCGACCCGCGGCCGGCGGGGAGAGCCCGCCGCCGGGUGAGGGUGAGGGCGCGGGCCGGGCGCGGAGCUGCGCCGCGGGCGGGCGGGUGGGCGCCGGGGCUCGGCCCUGCCCCGGCGGGAGGACGGGCGCUGUGGGGCAGAGCCGAGCGCGGCGGUUCGCAGCCGGCGUGGCGGCGGCCUCACGGGCCGGGCGCUGCCGCGGAGGGCGGCCCUGGCGGGAGCGGACCCGCCUCGCCUCAGGCACGGGCAGCGCUGCGGGGCCCGGCCCCCCGUGUCCCCCCGAGGCCUCCCUGGGGGCCGCGGGCACCCCGCGGCGGGGCGAGGGUCGCUCGGGGGUGCCUGUGGGCACGGCGUCGAGCUCGGAGCCCUUCUAGCGGGACAGCACGUGCAGCGCCUGGGGGGUUCUUCGUGAAAACUGCGCCGAAGCUUAAAAAUCCCACCGAGGCAGGCUCCCAGCAAGGCACCGGGCGCUGGAAAGGUGUUGCUGUGAGAGCAUCGCUGCCGCCGAGCGCUGUGACAGGCUGGGCUCUGCCCUGUCCCUGCUGGAACACCUGCGGGGGGCUUCUGUGAAGGUGGCUGCAGAGGUCAGUGGAGGCCUGGGUGGGCAGGAGGUGCCCUCCGGGCCGCUGGCGCCCUGGGGAAGGGGGUGCCAGCUGCAGGAGGGGGAACCGUGUCCGACUGGCUGCAUCCAUCGUCCAGAGCCGCAGGGUGAGUGGUUACGCAGAGGCAGUAAGCGUUGGCCGGCUUACGUCUUACAAAGGUGUUUGCAGCAGAAAUGCUGUUCAGAAGAAAUCUGUAAUUCUUUUUAAAGUAGGAUUUUUUUUUUUUAAUAUAUUGAUAGCGUUAGGCAGUGAUGCUCCUGUGAGAUACAAGUGACUAACAUCUUUCUUGGGGACACGCGUAGCAGUGACUGUAACUGGAAGGCGAACGCUCAGUAUUUCCAUUUUGUUUUCUCAGCCAGAUGAGAGAAUCACUUUUCUUCCCUUGCUUCCGGGCUGACACAUUGUGCUGUGCACAGGGUCCUCCUGGUCACAUCCCUUCCGAACAAUAACAUCCUCUCAGCUGGUAACUCCUGGACAAAAGCAAGCGUUUCCUAAGAGGCUAAGACAAAUUAAUGGUGACGUUCCAAAAUAAAAACUUGUAUUUAAAAAAAAAAAAGAAAAGAAAAGAAAACCUUAAGUUUUAUUUUAGAUUUUAAAUGCCGUUUUCCUGUGGAUACCCUGCAACUUGUAUGAGAAGGGUGUGCAUGUGUGUGUGCAUGUACAAAUACCUUUUCUUUAUUUCUUAAUUUGGGGAUAGAAGGUUCAAUUGUAAUUUAGGGAUGCGGUACUGUAACUGUACUUAGAGACUGCUUUUGAGUCCAUUACAGUCUGGCUGUGUUUAAACGUCCCUGCAAGAGUAUAUAGGGUUAUAGGGAUGUUUACGUGCAGUCCUCAAAUGCAAACUGAGAACAUGAACUUCAAAUGGAGGAUAUUCCAGGAUCAGGAAGAAAGCAAUAUUUAGGUAUAAAAGUGCUGGAAAUAAAGGCAGUUCAAAGACAUUCUGUUCUCGUGGAGGAAAUGUUUGAACUGCGUUGUAGGUUUUUGUGCUCUGCAUAUUGUGCUGUAAAACAUGUCAGUGAGUUAGGAUGAACCUUCAUUUAUUUAAGCUCUUUUUCUUCCUUGACCCUCCCACAGGACAAUGCGUUGGCACACGUUUCUUUUGUUAUCUGACAGGAAAAUGUAGUCAUAAAAAUGUUUUUGAGUAAAUCUGUCCAUUUAACGGCAGCAUGCUUCAUACAAUUCUGCGUCCUUUGGCUUGUGCUUGAAGUAAAAAUUACAGGGGCUUGUUCUGUGCUGGAGCAACCUUUCUUAUUAUCUAAGGGACGUUUCUGUAUUCUUUCACAGGCGCUGUGAGACCAAAAUUUGUCGCUGGGUGUUCUAGUGGUAUUUAAUAAUUGUAUUUGUAUAGAUGGACAAUACCUGUCUUAAUGCCUUGAUGACCUGCAUUGGCUAACCUAUUUUGGAAAGCUUUUCUGGGAAUACACCCAGCCUGGCUUGCACUGACAGGUUUGGGAAGAAAAUAAGACUUUCUUGCAUGCCAAAAGAUGAUACGGUACUUACAUUCUUGUGUCAGAUGGAGAUUGAAAUCCAGUGUACCCUGAUGAUCUUUUUAGCAAGUUGCAGUCACGGAUUUGUACAGUGCAACUGUUAAGCAUUCACUUCACCUUGACAGGGCGUCUCAUCUUGCUGUUUCAGGUGGUAAAUGCCUCAUAAGAAAUUUUUAGAAAUCCACGCUUAGUUUCACUUACGCUGGUUCAUCAUGAUGAAGAAAGAAGUGUUACCAUCUAGUGUAACUUGAUGCUUAACAGCUGGGAGGAAAUCCACUAAUUGCAAAUUAUUUAGUAUUCUCUGAAGCAGUUUCUGUGUUUGAUGUAGAUGCGUUUUCUGUAUCAAGGCUUCUCUCAACAGAAGUUGCUCACUAACACAAUUGCUCUUUAUUAGUGAUUCAAUUUUUUUUCUCAUCCCAAGCUGCUCUUGUAGGGUUUUUUUAUAUACUGUGAAAAGGGCUCUGUUGGGCAAUGUGUACAAAAUACAGCAAGUGCAAUUCGUGGGCUGCAUUCAGGGCACCUGAGUUCAGUAGAAGACUCUGCAAAAACAAUUCAGAGGGAAUUUCCAAAGCUGAAAAAGGAGUAAGUAGCCCAGAGUGGGAUCUUAGAGCAGCAUGUGCAAGAGCAUCUAAGACUGGAUGACAGUUGCUUAAUGAUUGAAAUUGUGACAUGUGACAGUCACUAGAAGGCUUUCUAGAAUUCCCCUGCCUCAGGAGGACAACUAAGGCUCACCAAUAAAUGCAUCCCAUUUUUCUCUCCAAGGUGUUUUGGUGGUGUUGGAGAGCGUCGUUUACAGCAUAUACUUGUUGGCCUUGAAACUCAUACCCUGAAGAAAAAAAAAUGUACUGUCAAAUGUCAGUGUGGUACUUCCCUGAAAAGACAGAACAAGUCUGAUUAGGACACCCAGCGUGGAGUUUCACUGGCAGAGGUCUCUGGAAGUUAGCAGAAUUUGCUGAAAGCGGGAUGUCUGUGGUUAAACUGCAUUUUGAGAGCAGCUGGAUGUUUAUGGCUCGGUCACCGGCUUUUUUACUUUAAUUGGGCUCAAGUGAGACUUUGAAGUGAAGUCCCAGUUCUGCUAAACGAUGUAGAAAACCGAACCAUAAUGCAUCCUUUAGAACAGAGGAUGGCAUGAUAAGCAAGGGAACAAUAAACACAUCUUACAGCCAAGCUGGACUUGGCAGGCUUAGAAUCGGAGAGCAGGACCAAGCCACGGAGUUUUAGUAGUUCAGGCUGAGAUUUGGGAAAAAUGCCUAGUUGUGCUACAUUACAUAUAAUGAAUUAACAACUUUCAUGUAUUAAGAAGACAUAGUAGGAAAUGGGAACAAACCCGACAAAUGCUCACAGGACUUAUUUCCAUUGUCUGUUUUUACUUUUGGUCAUCAUGUAUCUGCCUUAAGGAAGGUAGAAACUUGAGUAUUGGAAUUGUACGUAAAACGCUGUAAUAUUUCCACGCUGGGAUUGCUCUCUUACAAGAUUGUCUGUAUUUAAAUUGUUGCUUUUGGGGAAACAACUUUUUGACACUUGUAGUGACAUACUUGGGAGAAACACUGGAAGUCCAGAAGUCCAGAGCAAAGAAAUACUUAGCACCGCCUUCCUUUUCUCCCUAGAAUAUUACUGGUGGAGUUCUUGUAGAUACCUGUGGUACAUACAUACAUAUUUCAGAUACAACAUAAAUGGUUUAGUAGCUCCCUCAGCUGCAGUAUCUAACAGAAGUGUUAGAAUGGUCGUGGAGUUACUUAACAGUUUCACUAUUGCAUGGGUCAUUUUAGCCCUCCCCCCACCCCCCACCUCCAUCAGACCGCACAUCAAGAGAAGUUCUGAGUUUCUCCAUUAAGUUCUCAGUAUCGCCACUUUCUGUAAGCCCGAUGAUAAAAAACCAGUGCAAAAUGUCUGGAUUUAUUAUGGUAAUACAAUUAAGCAACACUUUGGUGAAGAACGAGUUCGUGAAACGCUUAAAACAAGCCUGACAGCGCAUUCUGUUCCUUUCUUGAACACGAAGAGUUGCUGCUGAGACUCUGAUGGUAGCUGAAGUAUGGGGACAGUAAGAAUGGUGCAUGUUAUUUCUCAGAAUCACCUUGCAAUCCAUGCAGCACUGGGACUACCUUAGCUGUUAUUUUGCCAUUCCUGUCUAACUUGACACGACACCUGGCACUGCGGAGGAGGAGAUGAGAAAAAUACGAUUGUCAAAGCAAAUCUUGCACUAGUAGAAGUUUUCAACACCUCAUGGGCAAUCUGUGUGUGAGUGAGGGGCUGGGGUCCAGGUUGUCCUUCUCUUGACUGUGGUUUAAAGAAAUUAAUAUUAAAUCCAAACUUGUUGAGGUGGUGGGUUUCAAUGACUAAGGGACCUGUCACUUGUCGCUGAGACGUACCUUUGGCAGUCUUGGCUCUGGACAACAGGCUGGAAGCUGAUUAACGUUUUAGUACUUACAGUCUGUCUGGGUAUUGAGUACUGGGGAAUUCUUGCUUCCAGCACUGAGGCGUUAAGCUCUGCUGCUGACCUGCAGCGCCUGCAGCGCUAUUGCUUGCUGUUGGUAAAUGGGAAUCGGGUCUUUCCCCAGCAUUUCCAAAUUUGUUGCCCUGUUUCUAGUUGUCCAGCUUUGCCAAACUUCAGCCAUACGUACACAGAAACUUCUUGGGCUUAAGGUUUGAGUCUCUUUGGGGAACUGCAGUCAAAACAAUGCAUGUUCUUUGGAACCCAGGCGUAGGAUGCGGUGCUUUUUUGCCUAUGUUCAAAUACUCUCAGAGAUGUUUCUUUGAAAUCAUUUGUUGCUUCAGUACCUUGGGACAGGAACUCAGAUUUGGGUAGGGGAAACGGCCUCUGUGUAGAGGAUGCCCCCGUGUUUUGUUUUUACCUUUGCCUUCUAUUCUGAUUUGGCCAAAUAAGUUUAUGUUUGUAAAAAAAAAUAUAGCAUGUGCUCAAGUGGUUUUGGUAUGUGUGUUUAUCUUUAUAGCAAAUAAAAUCUGCAUUGGUUUUAUCUGCA